AUGGCUGACUUAUUAAUGGGUGUCUAUUUAUACAUUAUCGCUAUUACAAAUCUGGUAUAUACAGGGAGAUAUGGAUUUGAGGAUUUUACAUGGCGUCAUAGUAUUCUUUGUACCUUUGCAGGGAUUCUUGCAACAUUAUCUAGUGAAGCAUCUGCACUUUUUGUUUUAAUGAUAACCAUUGACAGAGUUGUAGCCAUCAAAAAUCCUUUUUCACAAAGGAAUAGAUUAUGCGUCAUUGGAUCAUCUAUAUUGGUUUGGGUUAUUGCUAUUUCCUUAUCUGUGUUUCCAAUAUUACCGUUAGAGUCGUCAAUGUUUGAAGAUUUUUACGCUCAAUCUCCUGUGUGUAUUUCUCUUCCCUUAUCUGUCCAUAGGCAGCUUGGUUGGCAAUACUCAAUGGUCAUUUUCAUUGGCUUAAACUUCCUUGUUUUCCUCGGAAUCACUAUCGGACAAUUUCUUAUCCUCUCUGAGGUUAUGAAAUCCGGUAGCAGUAGUCAGGCUUCAAACGUACGCCAAAGGGAAAUAACUCUGGCCAAGUCUGUUUUUGCUGUUGUCAUCACUGAUCUUGUGUGUUGGAUACCUAUAGGAAUAAUUGGUAUGCUGACAUUCUCUGGAAUAGAUGUUACAGUGGAAAUUUACGCUUGGAUCAUCGUGCUUGUUCUACCUAUUAAUUCAGCAAUUAAUCCAAUACUUUACACAUUGUCUGCUAUUAUACGAGACAGAGGAAGACAAAACACUGCCGUCAAUGCGGCACAAGUACGACCAUACACAUGUAAUAAUAUGCCAAAAAUGGUACUUAACACAACAGAUAUUCUUUUAUGA